AGAGGAAGAAGAAGAAGAGGAAGAAGAAGAAGGAGAAGAAGAAGAGGAAGAAGAAAAAGAAGAAGAAGAAAAACGAGGACGACCUCGACAGACGACACUUUGAUUCACCAAGCAUAAAGCUCAGCCAGCCGCGAAUUAAACGUCGCAAAAUAUCGCAAGUAAGAAAAAGCAAAAGUGACCGAAGUUACUUACUUCCUUUCUCCUAAUUAAAGUAGUCGGUGAGUUAACAUUGGAAUUAGAAUUAACGUGAUUUUGUUUAGUUUUCUUUUUUUUUUUUUUAAUUUAUGAACGUGAAGUGUAUUAUCACAUCAGAUACGGAACCAUAUCUCGUUGUUAAGCGACAAUUUAGAAAGGGACUAAUUUUAAAUUUUAUGAAUUUCAAUCGUUUACGUAAUGUUCGGUUUGAUGUUACCUGUUGAGAUUAUUAUCAUGGUGGUUAUUAUCGAUAAGAAAAAGUAAGAGAAAAGAUAUUAGAUUAUGAAAGAAUGAGCAUCGAUCAACAUUUGUUCUUAGAUCGUUGUCUCAAAGCAAAAAGUAAAAGAAGAAGAAGAAAGUAUAUACGUUCGUUCUCGUCUCGUAGAAGGGUGUCUUGAAAGUAGACGAGGCCGAGCACUGAUCAGACGCGAUAGCAAACACCGUUCGAAGCUUCCCACUUUUAGGUUUGUUCUUUUUGAAAAAGAGUAGGAAAAGUUGGAUUUUUUUUAUUUGUGUUCGACAUGAGAGAUAAAAGGCAAGAGAUAUUUCGAAGGAACUUCAAGUUUUUUCUUAAUUCGAGGGGUACGCUCGAUUCUUUGAUAACGAGUGCUUUAGAAAAAAGUUGAAAAAGUGUUUCCUUCUCCCAAAAGAGAAGAAAUUAAAGGGAGAGAGAGAGAGAGAGAAAUAGAAGAAAAGAAAAAGAAAGAAAUUAGUUCGAAAUCGUGUGGCCAUCUUCGAUGUGAGGAUGAGCUACGGCGGUCAUGCCGUGUAAUUCGAAGGGACACCACGUGAAUCACGUCUCAUCGUGCCGAACUAUCCUAGUCGUUAUCCUCGUCGUCGUCGUUGUCACCGUCACACUGACGCCGUUGAAGCGCGACGGAGUGCUAGCAGCGUUAAAAAGAUGAGCUCGAUCGACUUCGAUGAGGUGCUUCUACAUGUGGGAGAGAAGGGCCGAUAUCAAAACAUCAUGUAUUAUCUUCUAUGUAUACCUGCAACCCUUCCGGCUGCGUUUCUGGCCUUCUCUCAGGUGUUCGUGAGUGCCUCGCCAGAACACUGGUGCAGAAUACCAGAAUUGGAAAAUUUGACGGGGUUGAUGACCUUGGAAGAGAAGAAGGCUCUUUCUUUGCCAUACUCCAUAAAAGCGGACGAUAGGAGAGUUUAUUCGAGAUGUCAGAUGUACGACGUCAAUUAUACAGAGAUUAUCGAAUCGUGGUUGCAACGUGGAAUAUCACAAAAUUCUAACAACACGAUAAAUUCGCAUUCGACCACGUCGCUUUCCUCGACAUCUUCGUAUCAUUCCACGAAUCAAUUACCGCCACCUCCUGUCAGUAGUCCUGAUUGGCCAGUCAGCAAAUGCCAACACGGUUGGAUUUAUGAUAACAAGGAUUAUGACAGCACCCUUGUCACAGAGCUAGACCUGGUAUGCGACAACAGCUGGUGGCCUUCAACGUCAACGACAUUUUUUUAUGUUGGGAGCCUCUUUGGUAAUGUUGUAUUUGGAUGGAUCGCUGACAAGUGGGGUAGAAGAACGGCCUUCUUCGCAAUUCUCUUCUUAGAAGUUAUCUUCUCGAUCGCCACAAGUUUCAGUCCGAACUACGUUAUCUACACGGCGUUGAGGACAGUGAAUGGCCUAUUUUUUCCUGCUAUUUAUCAGAUACCUUUUAUACUUGCUUUAGAAUUAAUGGGUCCAAGAUAUAGGACUUUUGCUGGUAUGGUCAUCUGUAUGUUCUUCGCUAGUGCAAUGUCACUUCUUGCACUUCUGGGUUACCUGUUAAGACAUUGGUACACACUAUCAUUAGCCACUUCAGUACCCUUCGUACUUCUCUUCAGCUAUUAUUGGAUCAUUCCUGAAUCUCCAAGAUGGCUUCUAAGUAAGAACAGAAUAGAUGAAGCAGAGGUGAUCGUCCAGCACAUGGCCAAAGUCAAUGGCAAAACAGUACCAUCCAACUUCCUGAGGCAAAUGGAGGUUGAGAUAAUGAAGAGGCAAGGUAUCUCUUGCAAUGGCAAGAACACUGGAAACGUCGUGCUAGAUGUUGAAGGGGAAAACAGGUCGCCACCACCUUCCGCAACACCAAUGGACCUCAUCAGGAAUCCAAAUAUUAGAAAGAAAUUCUUCAUUCUUGCUUUUGAUUGGGUUGCGAACGCUGUAGUUUACAAUGGAUUAUCCUACAACACGACGAACCUUGGUGUUUCCGAUUACUUGGCCUUCUUCAUCGGUGGUAUUGUGGAAAUUCCAUCAUACGUGAUCACGUGGUACGCCAUGGACAGGUUGGGAAGACGAUGGGUCCUAUGUUUGACAAUGCUUCUAGGUGGAGUUGCCUGCGUCUCUUGCAUGUUUGUACCCGAAGUAGACGCUGUCUGGGUGACGGUAUGCCUGGCAAUGAUCGGAAAAUUCGGGAUUGCAGCUUCCUUUGCUGUUUUUUACGUGUUCGUUGGUGAACUUUUACCUACGGUACUGAGGUCACAAGCAAUGGGAAUCGCCUCUUUCAUUGCUGGUAUCGGCCUACUCACUUUUCCUUACAUCGUCCAUCUUGCUGUCUACUCCAGAGUUUUACCAUUGAUCAUAAUGGGUUCCUUGAGUGUGGCCGGUGCUCUCACAUCCAUCUUCCUUCCGGAAACACUCAACAUACAUUUGCCACAAACGAUCGAGGAAGGUGAACUCUUUGGCGCCGAUUUCAAACUGUGGUCCUGUCCAAUGAUACCAAAGAAAGACGCUAAAAGAAAAUCAGAAACCGUGCCGCUUAGAUAUCUGGUAAACGGAAAACCAGAAAGAAUUGCGGCAAGAAAAAUCGUAGAAGCAGAACAAGAAAGUCAAGAGGCGGAAUUAAUGAAACCAUUGACAGAUGAUGUAGAAAAGGAGAAGGAUGAUGUAGAAAGAAUGUCCGAGUCAUCAAACGAAGAGACAGAUCGUUUGAGAAAAAUACAAUGAGGAAGUUUUCCUUUAUUUUCCGUUAUUCCUAAAAGGAUAAAGCUUCCUAAUAUUUCGUAUUAUAAUUUGUCUCAGUAUAGGCGCACACCGCAUUGUGUAUUUAUUUUUCCAUUUAUAAUGUAUAAUGCGUUUCAUUUGUAAAGUCUGUCCUGUGUGCCUGUUCCAAUUCUCGUUUCUUCACUAUAAAAGGAUCGAUCGAUCUGUCGAUCAUCAUCGAUACGAAAAUCGAUGUCUUUUGUUUUCAGAGUAAGAAACAAAGAGAGAACUGAAAGAUCGUACGUUUAAUGAAAUAAAAUUUAUAAAAAUUCAAAGAAAAAAAACUAG